UACAACAAAAAGAGCUAGUGUUGCAUUGUGUGUAGAUUCAUUGAAAAUUCCAACAGCUAUAAAAAAAGGAAAAAUUGAUAAAGGUAGUUCGGGUGAAGUGAAUGAUACUGCACCAAGUGGGAUGGCGUUUCGCAGUUUUUUACCGAACACUGGGUCCUUUUUCUUGGCUACUGCUGAGCAUUUCUUUCAGGCAUCAGCAGCUAAUAAGCUUUGCAGGAAAGUUUUAAGAAGCAAAGAUGCUAUAGAAGCAGAGCAGAAAAGACAACAAAAUACAAACAAAUAUAUUAUUCAUCCUUUUAGUAAGUUCAGAUGGUUUUGGGACCUUUUCAUGGUGGCAGUAUUAUCUGUGACAUUGAUAAUCCUGCCUGUCAACAUUGCCUUCUUCCCAAAUGAUCCAGACUCACACUGGGAAGGCAUGAACAUUGCAGUAGAUGUCAUCUUUUUUAUAGAUAUAAUUCUCAACUUCCGUACUGGAUAUAUCAGAAGUGAAACAGAAGAGGUCAUAUUGAGCAGUAAGAAAAUUACAAUUAACUACCUGAAAACCUGGUUCUUCCUAGAUUUCAUUUCUACAGUUCCAUUUGAUUAUUUUUUCCUUGCUUCAACUGGGACAGCAUCCAGAGCUUUAAAUGCACUCAGGAUGCUGAGGUUGACAAAACUUCUCAGCUUGCUACGGGUAUUCAGAAUGGCCAGGUUCCUCAGGUAUAUUAACAGGCUAGAGGAGCUCUUAGAUAUACCUGGCAGUGUCCUCCGCAUUAUCAAUCUUGUCAUCAUGAUUCUCCUGUUGUCCCACUGGAAUGGCUGUGUACAGUACUUAGUUGCGUUUAUUGAAGACUUUCCGGAGAACUCCUGGGUAGUCAGGAAUGGAUUGCUGCAUGCCCCUGUGACUGACAAGUACAUUUUGUCUGUGUUUCGUGCAAUGUCCCACAUGUUGAGUAUAGGGUACGGCCGGGCACCUCCACUUAACAACACAGAAGUAUUACUGGUCAUGAUCAGCAUGUUAUUGGGAGCAACAUUUUAUGCACUGUUCAUUGGGCACACCUCCUCCUUGCUUCUGAUGAUUGAUACCUCUGGGAGAGCCUAUAAUGAAAAGACAAAUCAAGCUAAAGAAUAUAUGCGAUACCGGAGAAUCCCAAUUAAAACUCAAAGGAGGGUGAUUGCUUAUUAUGAGCACAAGUAUCAGCGCAAGUACUUUGAUGAAGAUGGCAUCAUAGGAGAAGGGAACAUUUCUCCUGCUAUCAGACAGGAAAUCUUGGUACACAACUGUAAAGAUUUGGUGGCCAAGGUGCCUUUCCUGGCCCAGAGUCCACCAGACUUCAUGUACGAUAUCAUCAGCAAGCUGAAAUUUGAGGUGUUCCUGCCUGGGGAUACGAUUAUUCAAGCAGGCAGGCGAGGGGAUGGUAUGUUCUUCAUAGAGCACGGCAGGGUGGACGUGAAGCUGAUGAAUGCUGGGGUGGAACUGGUGGUUAGCAGUCUGGGAGAUGGAGCAUACUUUGGUGAGGUAUCUCUUAUCCUUGACGAAAGAAGAGUUGCUACCAUUGUGGCUGCUGAGAUUUGUGAUGUUUUCUUUCUGUCUAAAGCUGAUUUUGAAAACAUCCUUGCUGAAUAUCCAGCUAUGUCAAACAUUAUGAAGAAGGUUGCAGAGGAGAGACUACAGCAAACCACACAGGCCCUAGGAAGUGCUUGGGAAAAUGAGGAGACAGACCCCAGUAUAAUUCCAGAGGUCAGUAUGAGAUCGCAGUCAGCCCGUCUUAAAGAUUUUGAUGACCAGAGUGAGGGCACAGUGGAGGAGAGUGAACCCUCCCAACCAGAUGAGGCUAUUGUGGAGGACGAGACUAACAAAAAAGAGAAAAAAGUUUUACCUCCAUUGAGAACUGAGAGAAACAAGAGUGGCAAAAUUUUGACAAAUAUAGAUGUUUGAUGUUGUUGACACACAUUGUUGUUCACAGGUUGUCUUGCUUUUCUUUUCAUGCCAUAAGAAAUGAAUAGUUUGCUCCUUGGCCUGCAUAAGUUUAUGGAGCAUUUUUUUUUGUCAUGUAGAGUUUUUACCUGCAUCGGAAAAAACCUACUUCAUGGCUCUAUAAGUAGCAUUGUAAAGAAUAGCAGUCAUUUGUAUACUUUCAAUGCAUAUGUGUUUUCAUUUAGAAUAUAUUUCUGAGAGCAUUAUGUAUAUUAGUGCCACGUAAGUGCCAUUGCUAAUUUAUCGCCAGGUUCACGGCCACUUGUGUAUGUAUCAAUUAAUGUUAAAGAUUCUUGUUUAUUUAAGGUGUUUAAUGAUUCUCAUGAGUAAGACAGUUGUGUGUAAAAGUAUUUAUAGUAUUAUUAAUGUUGUUAAAGUAGAGAUUUUUUAGGAAGGAAGGAAGGCCCUGUUUGUGAUACACAAUUGUAAAUGAAUAGUUUGCUCCUUGGGCUGUAUAAGUUUAUGGAGCAUUUUUUGUCAUUUUGAGAUUUUAUUAGCGUCGGAAAAAAACAGUUUACUACUUCAUGGCGCAACACGUAGCAUUGUAAAAAUUUGUCAGCAUGCAAUGGCAUUAAUGUUUUCAUUCAGAAUAUUCUUCUAAGAGCAUUAUGUAUAUUAGUGCCACGUAAGUGCCAUUGCUAAUUUAUCGCCAGGUUGACGGCCACUUGUGUAUGUAUCAAGUGAUAGUAAAGAUGCUUGUUUGUUUAAGGCGUUUAAUAAUUUUCAUAAGUAAGGAAGUUGUGUGUAAAAGAAUUUAUAGUAUUAUUAAUGUUGUUAAAGUAGAGAUAGUUUUAGGGAGGAAGGCCCUAUUUGCGAUACGCAGUUGUAAAUUGAUAAUUCUGGGCCAGUAUUAUAUUGAAACAUACUGUGCAUCUGUGAUCGUUUGAAGAAUGCUGUUUUAUUACCUCCGCCAAGGAGGUUAUGUUUUCACCCCUGUUUGUCUGUCUGUUUGU